AUGUGGUCUUGUUUCCAUAUCUUGUUGAUAAGAUACACAUUUCACGUGCCUGUUCAAUACACCUUUGAUGUGAAGAAACUCUAUCAAGUUAUCAACUGGUUUACGUAA